GGCCGUUCUGGUGAACUCUGCGGCUAGCUAGCUACAAUUUAGCUUCCUUGUCCACAAUCGAGAUUUAGCAUUUUAACCCAAACACGAGUGCGAAACAUGCAAAGUGUAACACUCAAACGGACCCGCUGCCACUGAAGCAUAAAUCACGCACCACAAGGGGACGUUUAUCCACGCUGCCGGGCUUCUCCUCGAGGGAAACAUGUCGGGGGUUAAAAGGAAAAUAGAGGACGGCGAUCCUGACUAUGAGGAUAUUGCAUUAAUCCAAAAUAGUAAGCGAAACAAAGCAGUUGAAUUAAGUGCCCGAGAUGCUGCAGUUCAGAAGAUAGAAGCCAUCAUCACCAAGCAGUUCUCCUUGGAGAUGAAGAACAAAGAACAUGAGAUAGAUAUCAUCAGCCAGCGACUCAAUGAAGCCAGAAGGAUGAUGGACAAAUUGCGAGCAUGCAUCGUGGCCAAUUACUAUGCAAAUGCUGGCCUGACAAAACUCCCAGAGCCCUCCAAGAGUGAGCCCGUGGCGUUGAAUCAUCCAGCCAUCCGACGAUUCCUGGAGUCGCCGUCACGUUCCUCCUCCCCUCUCAACCACGGAUCAGAGACGCCUUCCCUGGGCCAGUCAGAGUCCGAGUCCUUGUCGCAGCACGGCGACACCACCGACAAGGAUGCAGAGGGGGCAUGGCGGGAAGAGAGCAGCAGUAGGCAGGAACAAAGGCCGGGACGCAACAUUGGCAAGGACACAUUUGGUGUGGCCUUGGGAAGUGAGCAGAGGGUGACCUACCACACCACUGGAGAUGAGGCAUCCCGAGUCUAUGCAAAGAAGACUAUUGUUGUGGGCAAUGUGUCGAAGUAUAUCCCUCCAGACAAGCGUGAAGAGAACGACCAGUCGACUCAUAAGUGGAUGGUGUACGUCAGGGGCUCCCGAAAGGAGCCCACCAUAGACCACUUCGUCAAGAAAGUCUGGUUCUUUUUGCACCCCAGCUACAAACCUAACGACCUGGUGGAAGUCAGUGAGCCUCCUUUUCAUUUAACCCGUCGUGGGUGGGGUGAAUUUCCUGUAAGGAUCCAGAUCCACUUUAAAGACCCUCGCAACAAACGUAUUGACAUCAUCCAUCAGUUGAAGCUUGACAGAACAUACACUGGGUUGCAAACACUGGGUGCUGAGACUGUGGUGGACGUGGAGCUCCAUAGGAAUUCUCUUGGUGAGGAUUACAUCUUGCAGCCAUCUACCUCCAAGGUGACCCAGAGGGCAAAAAGCCCGAUGGCGGUCAUGUGUGCUCCUCAGACUGGCCUUCGCUCCAGUUCGCCCAUCUUCCCAGAUUCCAAUUUUGAAAAAGGUUUAGUCAAAGCAGAGACGUCUGCGGGAUGUCAUGGCUCAGGCCUGGCUGCAGGUGAACGCACGCCAACGCGACCCAAAGCAAGUAACAGGAUCACUUUGGGUUCCCAUGGCAACUCCGCUUUCCAGCCCAUUACAGCAAGCUGCAAAAUAGUUCCUCAAGGGCAACCUCCAAGCCCUGCUGAGUCUCCUGGGAAGUCGUUCCAACCUAUAACGAUGAGCUGCAAAAUAGUCUCUGGUUCUCCCAUCUCCACGCCGAGCCACUCACCGCUGCCUCGCACGCCCACCACAUCCAUCCCUGUCCACAGCAAACACAGCUCGUACUCUGUGCUCAACAACCCUUAUGUCAUCGUCGACAAGCCGGGCCAAGUCACCGGCGUGACGUCCUCGUCUGCUGCCUCCGCAGGAAGCCCAUCGGCUAAACAGUCCGCUGCUCAGGGAACUCGCUCACCAGCCCCUAAAAUGCACACUGGCACCUUCCUCUCAUCGGGAAUGAAAGUUAUCAUUAAGCAGGAGCCAGGAGAAGUUUCAAUGCAGCAGCAGCAGAUGGCUUCAACAGUGACCCAACCAGCUGCUCCAGCGGCACAUCCGUUUGUCUCAGUCAAAGGAGGUCACAUGAUCUCCAUGUCGGCCCAGAAACAGGCUGUAGGGGCCUCUGGGCCCACGACUAGCAAAAUGUUAAGCAUUCCAGUGAGUUCGACGCUCCAGUCAGCGGUGAAACAGGUGGCCAUCAGCAGCGGGCAAAUUCUGGUUGCCAAGGGCAACCCCUCUGGCUCCAAGGUGGUGGGUGGGAAGCAGGUUUUGGCUCAGGGAGUGGCCAAAGCCAUUGUCAGUGGUGCCAGUGGCAUCUCCGGUCAGCAGGCUGCAGUCAAGGCAGGCAGCGGUUCGAGUGGCAAGACUGGAGUGAUGGCUACACUGCAGCUGCCGGCCAACAACCUGGCUAAUCUGGCAAAUUUGCCACCGGGAACCAAGCUCUACUUGACCACCAAUAGCAAGAACCCCUCAGGGAAGGGCAAGCUGCUGCUUAUCCCACAGGGAGCCAUCCUCAGAGCCUCCAAUGCAGGUCAGCAGUCUCAGAGCAGCUCGUCAGCGAGCGCCGGGGGCUCUCAGACACCCUCAUCUUCCUCAUCCGGCAGUUUGCCUUCCAACCUCUCCUACACAUCCUACAUCCUUAAACAGACCCCGCAGGGCACUUUUUUGGUGGGCCAGCCAUCACAGGGCUCCGGGAAGCAGGGGAGCUCUGGUGUGGCGGCACAUGCUACCUCAUCUCCAGCAACCUCUCCUCAGCAGGCUAUCCGGGUUACAGCGGGGCAGAAGGCGGCUAUUUUGGCUCAGGUGGUGGGCGGCUCCCAGACUGCACAAGUGAAGUUGUCGGACGGCUCUGUUAAGACGGUGACAGCGGGGGGGCACUUAUCCAAGCCGGGAAUGACCACAUUGAGAAUGACAGGCGGAGUCAUCACUGCCGCUAGCUCCACCGCCAGCUCUGCCAAUGCUGCUACAGCUGCCAACCAACAGCAACAGGCUGCUGAUAGUGGAAAGUCGGCCUCCCAGCACCACUCUCUCUUGGUGGCAGCCAACCAAGCAGCAGUGAUCAGUGCAGCCAAGAGUGCCAGCGCUGCAGGAGGAGCAAGCGGCUGUAGCCUGUCAAAGUCCGCUGCGGCCACCUUGGUCAAAGGCUGCGCUACGUCUUCUGCCAAAAGUGUCGUCGGUUCACCCGGCGCUGCAGUAACAGUCGCCAAAGGCCUCACCACCAUGCCGGUGAUCGGCAUGGUCACAGGUACAAGCGUGGGGUCUGUGGCCAGCGUACCCAAAAGCGGUAGCACAUCGCUGGUCACAGCAUCAUCGCUAGUUAGCGGCAUGGCGGCAUCUGCGGUAGGAGGAAAGACUGGUGCAGCUCUAUCAGGCAUGCUGAAAAUCCACUCUGGAGGUUCUAACUCGCAGCAGACGGUUUUGACCAUCCCAGCGAACCAGCUCAAGCAGCUUGGCGUAGCCAGUGGCUCUGGUGGGCUGCAAACCAUACUCAUGCCUGUUGGCAAAGUGGUGUCUAAAGGCUCCUCUUCUCAUUCUUUACCCAUCACCAAAACCACCCCUGGAGCAGCGGGAGUCUCCCCAAGUCCUUUUAGCCGCGCCUCCCCCUCCCUUGCCCUGCCUCUGGUACAAGUGAAGACAGAGCCAGGCACAUCUGUCACAGCUGGUCCUUCAUCCCCAGCAACUGCCCCUCUCUCCACGUCUGCUCACGUUAGCCCUGCAGCUACCAUGGUCAAGCAAGAGCAAGGCGCCGAUCAUUCUACGCAUGACCUCAUCAACACGGAGCACAUAGAGACCAUGAUGCAGUUGCUGACAGCUGUGGUGAAGAAGUUCCCUCUCAUUGUGCCAGAUAAGUCUGAAGACUCGCAUCCAUUCUGUGCCUCUUCAACAGAACAAUAUUAUUCUUGGAAUAUUGGAAAGCGCAGGGCAUCAGAGCUUCAGCGAGCUGUGGCGGUCAAGCGGGCCAUCCAGAACUUGUUGGACCACUCACCUCGCCUCCAGGCUCUCACACCCUUAAAGACCAGAGAGGUGGUGCAGUGGUGUCGGCACAGGGGCUACACGCCGCCUGACCCUGAACCGCAACGCAAGAAUGACGACGAGUCCAUCGAGGACAUCCUCACGCAGAUUGACAGCGAGCCAGAGUGCCCCUCCACCCUGAGUAGCUGUGAAGAGCUGGUGCUGCGGUUAGAGCAAAUGCAAGCUCUGCUGAAGACCGAACCGGAGGAGGGCGACAACGAAAUAGUGGACAUCGUCACCGUGAUGCCUCCGUGCCAGAAACUAAAGGUCAAGGAGGAGGAGCAAGAGGCCGACACGGAGCCCAAGUUUUUCCUGGGGCCCUGUGUGUCGGCUCAGUUUGUCAGCGAGGCGACCCAGCAGAUCGGGAUUACCUUUGAACCAGUGGAGGUGGAGAAGAAUGUUUUUGCGCCGGUUAUUGAGGCUAUGAUUCUUAAGGCAACAGAGCAGUUGGCCAGUGACAUUCUGAGAGAAGCUCUUGCUGGAGCCUUCGCCAAAUCCCCCCAGAACAGGGCUCCGAGGGAGAUCACAGCCAUGAAUGUCCACCAAGCCAUCUGUAGCAUCCCCACCUGUGAUUUCCUCACCAACUCGCACAUGGGUUGCCUUGCCAAGGACAACUGAUGAUGACAAUGAGAAGAAAACUCCACAUUCCUACCAGAAGGUCCUGUCAUUACCUUGUUCACUGAAGGGCUCACCUUGCUGCUCCUAGUACUGUUGGAACUGUAGUACUCCUGCAUACCUCAUCACAACCAAGUGUUUCCUGUCACACAGCCUGCUAGUUCAUCACCCACAACUUACAUUCUUAUUAUUCAUCGUUCCGCUCCCUCAACUACUACAGGGAGGCUGUUACCAUGGUAACAAAGGCUCUGCCAUCAUCAGCAACCUUUGAUGUAGUACUGUAUGGCGUGUUACCCGCCGGGGGUAAUUAUCAUCACGCAAUCGGUGCAGGUUCUACUCAUGUGCCGUGGUCCACACCGUUAUAUUAUUGUAACGGCGUACGAUUAGUUAUUCAUGUAAUGAGGAAGAAAUAUUUUUAUGACCGUUUGCAUUCUUGUCACAAGUCUCAGUAUUUAUAACAGUCAAGUACACAUUGUAUUUGAGCAAUGUUGAAUAGAUGCCAUUUUAUAUUUUUUAUCUAAGCUCAUACCCUGACAAGGAGUGUUUGUGUUUGUGUGAGAGUGUAUGUUUGAUGGACCGAUAGUCAAUUUGAUGUAACAAAACACUUUUAAAUGUUUAUCAUGAGAUAAGUGUGGGUCUAAAGUGAAUGUUGGGGCUCAAUUAGUGUAUGAACAAUACUCCCAAUGAUGUACUUUCAUGUUUCAGUGAAAACCAAAAAAAAAUAGUCAUCAAUAUUCUUGUAAUAAACAACACCGGAAAGUGUGA